GUUCCGUUCCGGGCCGAGGCUCGCGGCGGAAAAGUUGCGCGGCGGUGAGGAGCGGCCCCGGGACGGGCAGCGAGCGCGACGCCGAGCCGGCUCCCGGCGCCCGCGGCCCCGCCAUGGACGACCUCGACGCCCUGCUGGCAGACUUGGAGUCCACGACCUCCCACAUCUCCAAACGGCCUGUGUUCUUGUCUGAGGAGACCCCCUACUCGUACCCAACAGGAAACCACACAUACCAGGAGAUUGCCGUGCCACCCCCUGUCCCUCCACCCCCGUCCAGCGAGGCCCUCAAUGGCACGGUCCUUGACCCCUUAGACCAGUGGCAGCCCAGCACCUCCCGAUUCAUCCACCAGCAGCCUCCAUCCCCGUCCCCCGUGUACGGCUCCAGUGCUAAAACUUCCAGUGCCUCCAACCCCCAGGACGGCAUCGGCCUUCCGUGUCCCCGAGCUGGCGAGGAAGAGCACGUGUACAGCUUCCCCAACAAGCAGAAGUCGGCCGAGCCUUCACCCACCGUCAUGAGCUCCUCCUUGGGCAGCAACCUUUCUGAACUCGACCGCCUGCUGCUGGAGCUGAACGCUGUGCAGCAUAACCCCCCAGGCUUCCCUGCAGAUGAGGCCAACUCAAGCCCCCCACUGCCUGGGGCUCUGAGCCCCCACUAUGGCAUCCCAGAGAAUAACAGCCCGCUGGGUGUCAAAGCUGGGCCACUGACCAAAGAGAAGCCCAAGCGGAACGGAGGCCGGGGCCUGGAGGAUGUGCGGCCCAGCGUGGAGAGUCUCUUGGAUGAGCUGGAGAGCUCCGUGCCCAGCCCCGUCCCCGCCAUCACUGUGAACCAGGGCGAGAUGAGCAGCCCCCAGCGAGUCACCUCCAGCCAGCAGCAGACACGCAUCUCCGCCUCUUCUGCCACCAGGGAGCUGGACGAGCUGAUGGCCUCGCUGUCGGAUUUUAAGACCAGCUCCUCUGCUGUGGCCUUGAGCUCCCCAAGGCUGCUGCCCAACUCAGCUCCAUCCCCACACCACAUACUUUCUCCUCCUCCUCCUCCUCCUGGGCCCUCUGUAUUCCUGCCACCCCCUAGGAAACCCUCCCCUCGAGGCCACGGCCACACCCUGGAGGUCCUCUGCACUGAGGACAAUGUGGCCCCCAGCUGGCUUGAUUUGGCUGGCCUUGGGGAGAUGCCUGACACCCCCAACUCAAGGUCUCCCUCCAGGGAGAGUUCUUUGGGGCCACUGGGUGCAGAGAGCCAGGCUCGCGUUUGGAGGGACCCACCAAACGCGAGCCUGGUGAGUGAGCUCUCCAGGGUGCCUCCCGGCCACACUCUACCCCACGCUGGGUGCACAGGUCCCCAGGAGGCUGGGGAACCCCAAGUGCUGUCGGCCAACCCUUUGUGUCCGGGAGAGGCCGUGGCUGCCACAUGGGAGUGGCCGUGGGCUCUGGAGGCACUUAGGCCUGAGUCCCCCCGGGGAGCUACGCCCAGCUUCCAGGAAGUAAUCGAGCCAGCCGCCAUGGCUGUGGACCGUCAGGCUAUCUUCCCGGAUACCUGGAGUCUCACGAAGGCACGUGGACAGCAGAAGGAGAGGGCAAGGCCAGAGCCAGGGGAGCCAGAGAGCAGAUGCCCUGCCCCAGUUGAGGAGGAGCAGUUAGGUGGAGAGACGCCCACGGUGGGCAGCCUGGUCAGGCCAGCCCAGGGACCCGAGACCCCCAGGAGGCCAGAGGGCACCACCGAAGCCGCUGCAGAGGCCAGGAGGGAACGGUCAGAACUUCCACAGGCUGUGGUCGUGGACACACCCAACACCACGGAGAGGAUUUCCACCUCUGGCCAGAUCCGCUCCAUGAUCAGGAGGAGCCGGGAGACCGGCCACGCUCACCCCAUGUCCCGGGAGCCCUCCCCUCGUCGCCGGCUGGACCCCGCCACCCUGAGCAGGACCCCGUCCCAGGAGCGGCUCAUCGCGGAGCUGCAGGGUCGGCUGGGCAUCCAGCCGGAGGUGGAGGAGGCCGAGGGGGCCGCGGGGGCCUCUGCCGAGGACUGGCUGACCGAGGGCGUCGUCAUCACUGUGCAGCCGUGUGGGAGGCGGGCUAGGGGGCAGCUGGUAGAGAAGGUUGUCUUCCCUCCUGGCUCUCCCAUUCCCCUGAGAAGAACCUUCUCUGUUCUGCCUUCUCCUCCUCCUCCCAGCCCUUUGCUCCAGCAUCGCAAAGACGCCUCGGCCAGCAGCUCUUCUCCCCGGCCCAGCCCGCCCACCUCCUCCACCCUGGGGCCCUCGGCUCUUCCUCGAGGUCCCCCCGGGGUCCAGAGUGCUGGGGCGGGGCCACGGGAAGACGGUGUGCAGGGCCCCACCCCGCCCACUCCUGCGCCCCACUCUGUGAGGUCCAUGGGCUGCCAGACCGACGAGGACCCACUCUUCCCCCCGAUGCAGAUCCAGGGCCUGGAACAAAGAGCGGACGGAGAGCUGUGCUGGGCGGCCGGCUGGCCUCCGAACGGCAGCCAGAGCAGCCCUGAAGGGCAGGACGAGGGAGGGUUCAUGGCCCAGGGGAAGACAGGGAGCAGCUCUCCCCCGGGAGGGCCCCCAAAGCCUGGGAGCCAGCUUGACAGCAUGCUGGGGAGCCUGCAGUCUGACCUGAACAAACUGGGGGUCGCCACAGUCGCCAAGGGGGUCUGCGGGGCCUGCAAGAAACCCAUCGCGGGGCAGGUCGUGACCGCCAUGGGGAAGACGUGGCACCCGGAGCACUUUGUCUGCACCCACUGCCAGGAGGAGAUCGGAUCCCGGAACUUCUUUGAGCGGGAUGGACAGCCCUACUGUGAAAAGGACUAUCACAACCUCUUCUCUCCGCGCUGCUACUACUGCAACGGGCCCAUCCUGGAUAAAGUGGUGACAGCCCUUGACCGGACGUGGCACCCCGAGCACUUCUUCUGUGCCCAGUGUGGAGCCUUCUUUGGGCCUGAAGGGUUCCACGAGAAAGACGGCAAGGCCUACUGCCGGAAGGAUUACUUUGACAUGUUCGCCCCCAAGUGUGGCGGCUGCGCCCGAGCCAUCCUGGAGAACUACAUCUCGGCCCUCAACACCCUGUGGCAUCCUGAGUGCUUUGUGUGUCGGGAAUGCUUCACACCAUUUGUCAAUGGCAGCUUCUUCGAGCACGACGGGCAGCCCUACUGUGAGGUGCACUACCACGAGCGGCGGGGCUCGCUGUGCUCCGGCUGCCAGAAGCCCAUCACGGGCCGCUGCAUCACCGCCAUGGCCAAGAAGUUCCACCCGGAGCACUUUGUCUGUGCCUUCUGCCUCAAGCAGCUCAACAAGGGCACCUUCAAGGAGCAGAACGACAAGCCUUACUGUCAGAACUGCUUCGUCAAGCUCUUCUGCUAGGCGCGCUCAUCCCUUCCUCUGCCCCACUUCCCGGCCCAGCCUCCCAACUGCUACUGUGACCCAGAGGCCUCGCCCAGGGGUGAAGGGGCAAACCCGACUGAAACUGGAACCACGUCCUUGGCUGUUGCAGGAUGGCAAGAGGGUCCUGAGGGGUCCCGCCUGCUUUUCUUACCCCCUGCCAGAGCCUCUGGGCCUCCUUCCUCCUCCUGCAGCUCUCCCCAGGCUGCCAGCUCUUCACCCUCCCCAGAGGCCGAGGCUGGAGGGCUCCACCUGUGUCCCCACGAACCCGCCUGGCCAGGCCAGCACCCCACACUGGAGCCAUCUCUCAUAUUUCGGCAGUGGAGCUGGGGGUGGGGGUGGGGAGGGCAGACAG